AUGGGCACAUGUAUACUGAUGGGAAAUCUGUCCGCAUUUAAAACGGACUUGCGUGACGAGUGGACGCUACAAGAAACCACCAGCCCCUCCACAGGUGAGUUAUACUCAUUUGUCAGAUUUGUCUUAUACGUGACAAACAAGUUGUUCUUACUCCUAACUGGACUUUUGCGAGUCUCCCGUAGCUUAGUGAUGAAAGAAUCUGAACUGGUUACCACAUGGUUCUAGGUUAGACCCCCUCCUAUUGAGAGAAUUCGGAUAUUUUUUAAAAUCGCCUGUGUUAUUGCGCAGCAAAAAACCUGUUGGAUUCUCUUUUUUAAAUCAAAUACGCUAAAACGGCACUAUACCAACCUCCGUUUGAUGGCUCUUCCUUUUUUGUUAAUUUUGCCCCGUAGCAGAGCACAGGCGCAAAACUAGAGCUUUGAAGACGAGGGAGGAGCUUCUCUGAAAUCUUGCUACUAACAUCAUUUCUUUCUAUUUCUUCACUAGACAAUUUGUUUGAGCAAGAGCGUGAACCAGUAAAUGCCAAAAUUUAUAUGCAUGGUGAUUUGGCAUGGACAGAUUUUAAGGUGAUGAUCUGUCGUUCUACCACUCCUGACAUGGUGAAAAUGAUCGCCAAGAUUCAGGAGUUUCUCGCGCAGCAACAUAGGAACAGCAUCCGGGCACUGUCCUCACUUCGUCCCCAGGCUCCACUCAUUGCGGGGGAUGUGAUGUCAUCUUUGUCGUACCCAGUCUCUGCGGGUUCUCAAGUUUCAGGCAAAGAAGAGAAUAAAGAUGGUUAGUAUUAUUUUAGUUAGUUUGAGCAAACAAUUAGGUCAUAUGCAACCUAGCCUGCGCCGUAGACGAAACUAAACUCUGGUUAGCCUGCAAGCAAGCUCAGUCUCUGGGGCGCUCUGGCGGCGAGGCGGGAAAAGAAGGAGAGCUUGCAUGUCUCUGAAAUUUGAAUUUCUGCAUCAAAAAAGUCGAUGGGAAAUGCUGAUUAGCGGAGAUGACAGUAAUGAGGUCAUUACCCUUAACACAUGUUUUUCAAUGUUUUGUUUACAUUCGCACCCGUUUCCGCUUCCCGAUGAUUGGCAGAAAUGUAGCAGCUCAGUCGACGGGGAGACACAUGGGAAUUGGAGGUGAAAUUCAAUUUCCACAAACGUAGUUGCAAGCUCUCCUUCCUUUUCCCGCCUCGCCGCUAGAGCGCCCCGGAGAGUUUGCUCGCAGGCUAAACUAUGGAUAAGACCUUCUGUGAGCCAUCGCCAAAAUCCUUGUUCUGGAUCCCCAGUUGAGUACGUGCCAUGGUUUGCUAGUUUUAAAAAGCCCCUUAAUGGCUAUGUAAUCAGGUUGAAGGGAAAUUUGAAACGCACGUCUGGUAAUUCGUUGAGUCCGUAGGGAGGGGGAGAACAAACAAGGACCUUGGUGCUGUACGACCCACAGUUAGAUGACGUUGCAUCACAGGCUAUGUGCGACCAUUUCUAGUGAAAGCUCGACAGUUGAAACCUCUUGUACUAGUUCAGAAAUUGUAAGUUAGAAAUUAUCGUUGAAUUCGUAGUUGUGUCAGACAUGUUUCCCUUUGAAAAAACUGUGCUCCGAAUCUACUUCUUACGCACUGCGUUGUGCAAUAUACUUCUUAUAGGACCAGUUGUGUGGUAAAAUAAGCGAAGUAAAUAAAAGAUAAAAUUCGACUGUCGGGCUAGUCUAGCGUUAUUUCUUAAAAUUACAAAGUACAAAUAAAAGGAAGUCUAAGUGAAUUUCAUCCACCUCUACCAGGUACGAUUUUGAUUUGCAGAAAAGGUAUAACUUUUUUAUUGCUGUUUGGUUUGGAUCUGCUAUUGGGGAUUUCUUAUUGAAAAAACUCUCUCGCUUGUUUGCAGGCCUGAAAUAUCAACACUGGGGAAAAGUACUGAACGCGGUCAGGGGGCUGAAACUGAGCGUCCUUAGCAACGCUCUGCCAGACAGGGGCGUGUUAUUGGGCGGUAGCCUGACUUUACACGGUAAAGGCUUUGCCCUGGCGUGCUUCCAUGGAGUCAACUUCCGCUCGCAGUCUUGGGUACUGUUCACACUUCAGAGACCUUACAUGACGUUUUCAAGCAAAGUAUGCUCGGUUGAGAAGAGCUGUCAAGUGAGACGGGUUAAAGCUGUACAGGAUCUAUCGCUUAAGCUCGGACAUGGCACUGGUGAUCCGCUCAGUGGAAGACUGUCGCCUUCUUCAGGUGAUAUAUUAAACCUGCCUGCCUUUGUUGAGAUUUAGCGGCGUGUUAACGGCCAACAUCACGCGACUAUUAAUUUUACUCGUGUUAUCUAUUGCAUUUGUCGAUCAAUUUAGGGUUCUGGGAAACUGCCCACCUACCCCUCCCCUAAUCCAAAAUUUUGCCUUAAGUGAGAAGUAAGUGUUAAUGUUGACUUAGGGAGGGGUAGGUGGGCAGUUUCCCAGAAACCUAAAUUGAGCCGCAUUUGUUGCUGGUCUGAUGCCGGUUUCAUCGUUAGAAUGAGUUUUACUUUUUCUUGAACCAAACAAAAAGAUUAUUUUAAUCAUUGUUUUCGGAGUUUUACGAUUUCCAACGUAUAAUUGAUACAUAAUCUCUGUAUUGUCGUUACACCGCGAAGAAUGUCACUUAUUGCUCGAGAUGAGUACGUAUGACGAGGUAAACAGUUAAGGCCGUUAUUAUUCGAAGCGUUUUUUGAACUUACCAUUAUUGAUUUAGUUCUGAAAAAAUACUUAUAUUCUAAGUACGCAGAUUGCACCACUUCAAUUUUAUCCCCUUUGUACAUUUCUUACUACCGUAUGUAUUCGAAUAAACUUUCAACCUCGAAUUAGCGCCCACCUUGAAUAAGCGCUCAUCCUAAAGGCAGAAUAAGUUAAUAAGCGCUCAGCCUCGAAUAAGCGCCCACCCCACCCCACCCCCUUUCCCCUUCCACCCCACCCAAAAUUGAAUAAAUACUAUCAAGAGACUUCCACAAAGACGGAGUUUUCUUCAGAGUAUUUUACACAAACCUUGCUUUGUUCCAUCUUCGAGAUUUGUUAUUACCAUUUAUUGUUUUGUUGCAAAAUAAACAUACUACACUUGCUGAAAAUGUUGAAAAUUUAAUAAGCGCCCAGCCUCGAAUAAGCGCCAACCUCGAACAAGCGCCCACUCAAGGUCCAAAAAUGUAAUAAGCGCCCAGGGCGGUUAAUCGGAUAAAUACGGUAACUUUUGUUUUUACUAUAUCAUUUUUCACAGCACACGUUGGAACAGUCCAAAAAGUUGCUCGUGGCAGGAGGAGUCCCCCGUCGAUGGGCAGUACCGUACAGGAUUGGCUAAAUUAUGUCUGUGCGACCGGGGGGGACAUCAGUCCCACUGAAGGCUCCGCUCCUGUCGCUUUCGAUAAACCUCGCUCAGAAAGCUUAGGAGGCGGCAAAACUCCAUCUAAGGAAAGAAGAUCUAGUUACUCUGGUGGUCUCCGAUAUGAACACGAAACAGAGGCGAUAUUCGCCAUUCCCAAGCUUGAAGUCGAAUUCCGGUCUGAACAUGACAUGCCAAUGACCUCUAUUGCUUCCAAAUGGGUUCGAAAGCAAAAGAGGUAAGAUUACCCUGAAAACUCCGAACAAAAAACUUACCUAUCCCAAAUACACUUUUUAGAACACAGAUUGAAAUUGUGCAGUGCUGAAUUAAAGAUGAGGAGGGUAAAUUAGAUUGUUUACACCUUUUGAUACUACCUUACAUAUGUCAUAACUGCAUCUACAAGCACUUCUCUUUUGUCACCAGCCUGAAACAGGAAAUUUCCUGGUGUUUUAUCUGGUUAUUGACUGCACGUUGUUUUGCGUUAUCAGUGCGCCUUCCGUCACGUUACUGCCAAUGACACCAGCUAGUCCACAUGUAGUGGAGACGAGCCUGAAUUCAACCUUUGACGAUGGGCUUUGUGUGACAGUGGAUGUUGGACUUUUGUUUUUCUUACACGAUGUGGUGCAGACAUACAUCAGAGAGAACGAGACAUCACCUUCAGGUAAGUGAAGAAAAGUCGAUAACGCAUCCCUUUUAUGUUGCGACCCCCGCAGUUCAGCCGUAACAUGUUGUACUUUGCCGAAUUCUUUGCUGUAGGUACUGUGUCAACAUCUACAGUUGUUUGUUUAAGGCUAGGUAAAUAAAAAAAAUUGCAAACGGCUUGAGUUACAACCAGUUUAGCAAGUAAUUGAGACACUGUACCUUAUUUUAUAUGAUCUUGUGCUUGUGAUCCCCCUCCACCUCUUACCAAAGUUGCUAGCAGCAGAAGACCAUGCUCAAAAACGUCCAGGAACAACUUUUAAAGGAGGGGAGGAAAGUGUUCAGUAUUAUAUCUCACAGACCUGUGACGAGCAGCGAUUUGAAGCAAGAAAGGUCGGUUUUUCGUCGGAGUGUCUCAACUUUUCUGCAACUGUUUAUAGCUCAGUGGGAAACUGCUUUGCUUCUAACACUACUCACAAACUUAAAACUUUUCCUUUACGUCUUAGCUCCUUAAUGUCAGAAUUUGACACAUGUUCAAUAAUCGUCUACACUUGAUCUCAAACAGUUUGCGAUUACAUUUCCACGCCGCCUUUCUACCCACAGCUGCCUUUGCCAUUCAGUCAUCCUUGACAACCUAGCUUACAGUAAAAAUAAACAGUUUCUCUUUACUUGCAAAUCACAGGAAUCAACGUAUUAUACAACUCCACCAGCGUAGUGUAUUCGGUCGAAAUAUCAAGAGCUUUUUGCGACUCAGUGUUUGUGCAAAGUCGUGCAUGUAAGGACCUAGGUCAAUAGGUAGGGUUAAUUAGUGAGGUGUAAAUGAAGAUGUUUUAAGACUUUGUGCAUUGCCAAUAGCCCAUGUUCGAUGUAUUAAAAUUCUUACAUGAAUCUGAGGAUUGCAAAUUUUUCAAGACUCCAUUGUCUCGCAAUUCCCAAAAGAGACUUGAGCACAAAGAAAAUCAAACCAAAUAUAGAAAAAUGACCAGAAACCCUGGGAGUCAUGUUAGAAUUUUAACAUAUCGAACGUGGGCUAUUUCGGUUAAUAUUAGGUUGUGUAUUUGGAAUCUUUUACUAGGUUCCAUUCCUCGCGGCAUGUCACCCCCGACACGGGUUCGUAAGGAGCGCAUGUCAGAGAAAGAAGACAGAGAAAAGGCCCCUAAACCGGAAGCUAAGAGGAUACGUCAGUUCCGCAGCAAGCACUGGAAGCUUGAGCCGCGAGUUCGUUUCUUGUCUUGGGCGGGAAAAAAUAUGGACCCUGUUAACAUUGACUGGGUUCUUCAGAAGCUGGGCUUCUCGCAUGCGCAGUUAACUAUUCCUAAGUGGGCUCAAAGAGGCGCAAUGGAUCCAAUGGAUACAUUCUUAUCAGUGCUGGUUGACAGACUUUUGGCGGGAAUGCAAGAAAGUUCGAGUUACCUAGGCGACGAGGAAUAGGCGGAAUAAAAGCUCAGGUAUUAAGGAGCAAAUGUCAGACGUUUUGACGCAUUUUUGCAAAACAAAGAUCGACAACUGCGAGGCAAGCAGCAACCAUUUUGGCAUAACGUGGUAUGAUAGAAAUGCGAGACAAUGAAAUGGUUCAGGAGGAUAAAUUAGUGUACUUGUUAUCCAAUUUCACUCCUGCUGUAACAUUUUAAUUGUGUAUUUUGAAUUUUUCGUGUUUUUUUUUGGCAAUUUAUUCCUAUUUUCCUUCUACGAAUCCGCUAAGAAAAUAAUGCCAAUAAAAGGCGUAAACUGUGUUCCUCGUGAAUUGCGAGGCAUCAGAGGGUCAUUUGAUAUCCUCAUUAAGCUUACGCUUUUCUUCGUAUUUAGUUCUAAUUAACCCAGCUACACGUUUUAUUGGCUACACAUUACACAGGUCAAGCUUCACGUUUACGUCAAAUGGCAAACGUGAAAUUUGUACGUUUAAAUUUGUAAGUUUUCCUCUUACUUGUCGUUUACUGUUCAUUAUUUCCACACAUAAGUUAUUAAUUUCACGCAAUUUUGUAUCCAUACGAGUUGUUUUGAGCUGUUUCUAUUCAUUUUCUAUUUUGAGAAAUUCUCAUCUUGAAUCUGCCUUUUGCCGUAUACGCGAAGCGUUGUAGCUUUCAUCCCUUGAGCUGCAAGAACAUGGAAUCUACUUUGAGUGGGUAAAUGUAGCUGUCCCAGAAUAUAAUACUGUCUUGGAGUCCCUUAUAUGGGGCGACUCAAAAAGUUUGUUCUUUUUUGAAAUAUAGCUCUUACAUCAAUGGCUCGCGAAAACGUUCUGUAACCAUUCUACCUUACCCUCAAAUCAAGUUCAUUAUUAUUCUUUUUUACUAUUAAAUCAGCACGUGUUGCUUGGUCGACGCAAUUUAUACAGGCAAAUAAUUUCCAGUCGCGUAACCGUUACUACUAGCUUAGAUAAAAAUUGUACGCUUUAAUAACGAACAUCACACCCUUGGAAAUAAUGCCAGUUCUUUAAUUCGGUUUUGUCUUUAUAAUUAAGACGGGUAUUUUUCUGUAUAUUUAAUUUUUGUGAUUCCUUGAGAACUUUUAAUAACUUUCGAUGCAUGAAAGCGAUUUGAAGUUAGUAAGGUAAUUAAUGCAGCGAUUACGAUGCUAAGAAUGAAAUUAUAUGAAUAAGCUGUGAAUAUUGGUCUUUUAUUUAUAAGAACACUUUUAAAAUCUUUUGCCCUCUUUCAAACACAAGAUGAUUGUUUG